CUCGUUUGUUGUUUUUGUAUCACAGACGACUCCACUCCGCACAUACAUUCUUUCACUGUUCGUGAUUACAUAUCGUUAUUUUUUUUAUUGAUCCUUAAGUUUAACGCUUGCACCUUGCACCGGUGGAUGCCGUACCGCCAUGAAAUAUGGUUUCCUGACGACGAACAACGAACAGUCGAGCUGACACCGAGAUUUGUGCGGUUGUUUUUGUAGAACACCUGUAACCUCGCGUGCCACCCGCCAGUUGUUUUAAGGGAAGCUCAGCAAAAAAGUGGAGAAUCAAUGAAACUUGAGUAGAGCAACAUGCAGGACAUGUUGAAAAUGAUGUACAUAUUGGCAGAGACUGAUGACACUUCAGGUAUAUCAACACCUCUUAAAUCUACAAAUAGAAUCAAGUUCUUAACAUUUACCGCCUCAGAGAAUUUAAUUGUUUUCGGAGCAACAAGUGGUGGUCUCUACGUGUAUGAUAGAGAAACAUACAACUUCAAGUCGCUAGUGCCAAGCAAGGAAGGCCCUGUUUUAUGUGUUCAAAUAUCUCCUGAUGAAAAGUGGUUUGGUUUUUCCACUGGGCGUGGUAUCAGUUGUGUACUGGAACACCAUGGAUCAUCUGUUAACCGUAGAAUAUUAUCGCAUGUUCAUGAAGGGAAAAAGGUAACAGCUCUUCAGUGGAAUAACAGUAGCACACAACUCUAUGUUGGUGACGACUCUGGACAGAUUUCUGUUAUAAGUGUCUCAUCAUACUUGACCCCUGCUGUGGCGCUGAUGCAACUGGAUUCUGCAAUCAUCCAGCUUGAUACAUGUAGCUAUAUGCUGCUUGUCUCUACUUUCACCCGAUCAUAUCUUUGUGAUACCUUUCGGGAACAGUAUCGCCAAAUUGGAACUCGCUUAAGGGAUGGAGAAUUUGGUGGAUGUUUCUACCAUGUCAAUCCAUAUGAACCUUCAACUGAACCACAUCAUGAAAUAGGCUCUGGCCUGAAGGAUUCCCAUGGCCCUUUUAGUUCAUUGAGUGAUGGAGAAUGGCUGCUGGCAGACAAGCACCUUCAAAAUAUCAAGAUCUUCUGUGCUCGCCCUGGUCUACGUCUUUGGGAAGUUCGUAUUGAUGGAGCUGUCAUGAGCACACAUCAAUUUAAGCAAUUACAAUCCACUCCUCCAGUACAUGUUGUAAAGCCCCCUGAUGUGGAAACUGAGAAGGUGUUUGAGGGGGGACACCAUGUACUCCAAUUUAAAAAGCUCUGCAAAGUAUCCAACAAGUAUAUUUUUACUUAUGAUUCAUCAGGUUUGUGCGUGUUGAAUCCAUUGACCAGUGAAGUAAUUUUGUGGACUAAUGAGUUUAAAAAUAUUGUUGAUGUGAAAGUAGUGAAAGAUGUCAUGUACGUUUGGAUGGGUGAUAGCAGGCUGCAUGCUCUUUUGCUUACACCGAUCGAUAAAUUCCUUGUUCGUAUGUACCUUCAGAAGAAGUACAUGUAUUGUGCAGAACUGUGUGCAGCAAAUGUUAAUGUACUCAGAAAGGUAGCUCAUGUAUCAUCAAAGAUGCAUAUCCUCAGUGAUUUACUUCAAAAAGUUAAAGAUGAAGACAAUGUAUUAGAUGAAGAAAGUUUAUCUAAAGUUGAAGAACUUUUAGAGGAAGUUUCAAGGACAGCCCAAAAUUGUGAUCAAGCACAGAUGCUGAACUCUGGCAUAUUCAUUGUGGGAAAUGCUCAUCUACUCUCACAACAAAAAGAUGAAUUUAUAGCACAAAAGCUGCCAAGUCAGACACCAGACACUGUGAUCUUUUCUAAUUUGCUGCUAAAACAGGAAAAUCAGAGCCAAGUCAGCUCACCAUUAGAUAAGGAUACUUUCAAUGGUAUAUUCAAAAAAAGUAUUUUACCAUCAAUGUCCUCAUCGUUUUUUCCAGACCAACUCAAUUUAAAUGGUGACAAUGACUAUGAUCCUUUUCCUGAUUUGCCACUUUCUUCUCUCACUUCCACUGAAACAAUGAUGGCUCUGAAAAAUUUAACCAGCUCAGUUUCAGGAACUAUCAGUAAUAGUACAAAGUCAUUAAAGGAAAAAUGGCAAAAUCUUGAAGAGAAGUUAGGGUGGCAAGAAGAGAUUGGUCUUAGUACAGAGAAGAGCAUAAACAGACCAGACAUCCAAGCCACAAUUUCACCUGGCGAUGUGAGGAAUGACUUUGAUGAUAAAAAUGAGCUAAUUAAAACAAAGAAGAAGUCAUCAAAACUUCCUGUUUCAUCCUUUAUGGAAAAGUGUUAUCAAAUACAAACUGAAGACUUGAUGACUGUACAAGAUUUGGUAUUCGAAAUGCUGGAAUGUUUUGGUCUCUUGUAUCAAAAGUUUAGAUUGCACACUCAAAGUCCACCUGAAAGAACAUCUAGUUCUAUUUGUGAAAAUGGAGAGAGCCCUAGCAAUCAUCACCAAUGGCUAAAUUCUAAAGAAAUAAUACCUUUCCCUUUUCAGGACCAUUUUGAAAAUGAAUUUUUGACCACACUUAGUCAGAUUUUCCACAGAUGUCUAAAAUAUGGGUGUUUCUCAAACUGGUUAACGCAAUUCCUCCCUUUCUUAGAUCUGGAUCAUAGCCUGUUCCCAUCUCACAUUGGCCGUAUCCAUCAAAAGAAAUCACUUCUUUUGGACCAAGCUCUUGGCCGUUCUCUGAGAAUAUGGAGUAACCUUCUUGAUCCUCAUUCUGCCCUGCAGAGCCUGGAUGAAACUACAUGUCCAUGUCAAUAUUUUGCAUGGAAUGUCAUAAUGGACCACUUUCACAGUAGCCCUAAUGUAACCUCUCUUUCCUUGGGCCAAGAAAGUCCUGAUGGCUGGCCUCUUCCUCGUACUUUAAAUGCCAUGCUAGUCAUGUUCCAGCUGGGACAGGUUGAGUCGUGCCGGAGUAUUGGUGAACACAUUCCAAUCAAGCAUGUUUUGCGGACAGUGCUGAGGAUAAAAGAGGACCCAUCUCGGUUGUGUUUGCUAUUUCUGACAUAUUUUGAAAAAGUGCCAAAAGGGGAGAUUCUUGUAAACUUUGAAGACCCAGAAAUCUACUACUUUGUCAGACAUGCAUAUGAGAACUUUCACAGGACCAGUGUCCAAUGUCAGUGUAAAUGUGGCUUUCCUCUUGAUGAGAUAAAAUUAGAAAAGACUUUCUCUCAAGUAGGAAGGAGUCUGCUUUCUUACAUUCAUGAAACAGAGGGUUUGUCGGAAGCAAUGUCACUAUGUCAAAAGACAAAUGUGUUGUGGUAUCAUCUUCUGAUUCUAAGACGCAAUGAAGCUCUGGAAGAAGUAUUACCCCUCAUUUUACAACUUUCUUGUGAAGAGGAACUAAAGAACAGGCACACUGAGCUUUCCGAUUCUGCUUGGAACUUAUUACUUGAACUCAGAGUUAAAUUACAGGAAGGUUAUUGUCUUAACUGCGGUACGCUUCUCGGAAGGAAGUUGAUUUCCAAAAUAACUUGGAUGACAAUAGUUAACUUAUUGUUACAAAAUACAAGUGUUGAUUUUGCACUAUCUUUACUCUUGAAAUUUUCACAUUCAAUACCUUCUGGAAGUUUAGACUUAGGAUUCUACCAAAACUGCCUCCUUGCUUCCGUAGCUGAGAACCAUAGCAAAGAUUUAAAAAGUAACCUUCUUGAUUCUCAAGUUGACAGCAAGUUGUUGCCUGUUAUCUCAUCAAAGCUGGCAGAACGACUUGACUUACCCAACUGUCAGGAAAGACAUCAUUGGGGGCUGCAGGUCGACCUAGUAAAGAGUAAUUGCAUCUGCUGUAUGCUGCCGCUGGCCUCUUCCUCGGGUGGUUCUGUAAUUAGUUUCUACUGCAAACAUUCCUUUCACUCAGUUUGUGUGGAGAAGCAGCUCUUAAAUAAAUGCCCAAUCUGUACUAAAACUUAACAAGUUGUUCAGUUAACAUCUAGUCAUACUCCUGUGAUAUUGCAAAUGUAUGGUACUUUAAUCCAGACUGUCAGCUGCAGAGGAGAAGAACUCUUUUCCUCUUGAUAAGAUUUUUUUUAAUCUAGUUACCUCAAAUGUUUAAUCAAAAGCUUUUUAACCAGAUUUAUACAAUUUAUAUAUAUGCAUUAGUAAUUAUAAUUGCAGAGCUAUUGAAUUCCCUGUCAAAAUACUUUGCAGAAAUUAUCAUCAUUAAAUUGUCUUUACCACU